GUCUUUCUGCCUUCAUGUGUGUUUUUAUGGAGUGUGUGAUGUUGUGGUUUGAAAGCGUCUCCAUGCACUAACCCCGGUGGAAGCAGAAGGUCAGGCGUGCGUGUUUUGUAACCUCAGCCAUGGACUCCGCAUUUGAGAGGCACUGCUCGGAGCUGGUGGCCCGGGAGCGGAGCGGCCACACCGCCCUGCUGCUGGAUCAGCUGCUGUACGUGUGGGGAGGCUAUGUGUGUUGUUGUUAUUCUCUACAGUCGAUCGCUGAUGACGAGGUGUUCCUGCCCAACGAUGAGGUCUGGGUGUAUGACUUAGAACGAGGCGUAUGGGAGGUGUUCAGGAUGACAGGGGAAGUCCCGCCCUCCAUGUCUGGCACCUGCGGCUGUUCUCUGAACGGACACAUGUACAUAUUUGGUGGUUGUGACGACGACGGGCAGACAAAUCAGAUCUAUUGUGUAAACCUUUCGGAUGGUAAAUACGAGUGGAAGAAAAUCACACACGACGGUGGCUCCCCUCCUUCACCUCGAGACAAACUGUCCUGCUGGGUUCAUAAUGGCAGGAUCAUCUACUUUGGAGGAUACGGUCACAAACUACUGCAAGACAUUGACAGGAGGAACAGAAGCUUCAUUCUAGAUGAGGCAUCAUGGGUAGAGGAUGUGUUCUGGGGGUGGAACAAUGAGGUCCAUAUGUUUGACCCAACACAAGCCAGUUGGAGCGAACCGCAAACCCAUGGUCGAGCUCCGGCCCCCAGAGCCGCCCAUGCCAGUGCCACGCUGGGAAACAAAGGAUACGUGUGUGGAGGCAGAGUCAUGGAAACCAGGACGAGUGACAUUCACUGUCUAGACCUCGACUCAUGGACGUGGUCAGAAAUAGUCCCAGCAUCUGCCAUCCCAGUGGGCAGGUCAUGGCACACCCUCACCGCCGUAUCAGACAGCGCCUUGUUCCUGUUUGGUGGACUCAGUGUGGACUGCAAACCAAUGAGUGACGGCUGGUUGCUUGAUGUUGAAACAAAGAAAUGGAGAGAAGUUGAGCAUCCUUUCAAGAACAAGCCUAGGUUGUGGCACACAGCAUGUGCAGGCAAAGACUCUGACGUCAUUGUGUUUGGUGGAAGCUGCGACUACAUCCUCCUUGUGGAUACUGGUCACUGCAAUGAUGCACUUGUUUUCCAGCUGCAGCCAUAUCCCCUGUUCAGGAUUUGUCAGGAUUUCAUUGCAAAGAAUGCGAGUGCCCACAGGAGGCUCCGAGAGCAGCUCCCUCUCCUGCCGCCCAAACUACUGAAAGUGGUACAGAGGAGGAUGUCUUUCUACAGGCCCACUAAGAAGAAACAGCAUUAACUGAAGCAUUUCUUAAAUGGAAAACACAGUGCAUUAUAAUGUAACUUAUUAUUCAUACACUUUACUCCCUUUAUCGUUGGCAAGCUCAAUCACCAUUUUGGAUAGUUUUUUUUUUUAUUUUGAAAAAUUGUUGUGCAAAAUGUUGUAUACUCUUAUAUUUUAUUGUUUUACAGAUAUUUAUAUUCUAUGGUCAACUGCCUGCUGAAAAAACAGCUGAAAGUUAUACUGUGUUGAAUAAACAGCACAUCAAAAAGGA